UUUACGACGCUGAAUUUAAAAAUAUUUUUAAAAUGGAGUUAGCUCCUACACCUCUAGAUGUUGAGGAAUUUAAAUUCAAAUUACAAUGUAGAUUAAGAGUUUUUCAAUCCAAUGAAAAAUUAACGCCAACAGAAUAUCCUAAUCUCAUCAGCGCUGCAAGUCUAUAUGGAUUAGUUUUCAUUGGAUGUCAGAAUAAUUUACAAAUAUUAUUUUCAAAUGAAAUUACAAACAUUAAAUCCAAAAAUGAAGUUGCAAGCUACAAGCAUCGAACAAUCAAUCUAUCAACAUCAAUAACUCACGUAGCUGUUAAUUGUGAUAGUAGUUUAUUAUGUAUUGUUACUACAAGGGAUAGUUGCCCAAUCGCUAUUAUUUAUCAAGUUACAAGUUUUUUAUCACAGAAUGUCCAGAUUGUUCAAGAAAUAAGACUAUCAGCAACUCCAAAUACUAGCGUAAUUGAAAUCGCUUGGAAUCCAAGUAUUCCUAAUGUAUUAGCCGCAUGCAUAUCAGAUGGAUCUGUGGUUGUAGUUGAUAUUAAUCCAAAUGGAAUUCAAUUAAAUUGUUUACCACCUCAAUCACAGUCUAAGUGUUUAUGUUGGAGUCCUAAAGGAAAACAAAUUGUAAUUGGAGCAUUAAAUGGUUCACUCUCGCAAUACAAGCCAGAUUUAAAAAUAGUAAAAACCUACCCAGGGCCACCAUUAAGUCAAACCCCCAACAAUAUUACGGUUGUAAAUGUAUUAUGGGUAACAAAUUAUCAAUUUAUUGCAUCGUAUCGUAGUUUACAAGAUAAUUCAACACCGCUCUCCAUAAUUGUUGUCAAUGUUCCAAAAGGUGCUCCAACAUCAUAUGUCAAUUUUGAGGAUAUAUGUUAUAGUAGUGGUAGUUUACAACAACCACGAUUUUAUUUUAUACAUCAACAAGUAUGGAACUUAGUGCUGACAGCAUCUGCGAAUAGCAUGGAAGUAGCUGUACUAGGUAUAUUAGAUGGUAGUGGUGGAACAUCAUGGCAACAAUGGAUCCAAUCAGAUGAAUCACGUGCGGAAUUACCAUUAUCUGCGUCCAAAGAAGAAACAUAUCCAAUUGGAUUUGCUUUUGAUACAAGUUCAACUUUGCAAUUACCAUGGGGUGAAAAUCAAGUAUUGCCACCGAUGCCUAUCUUAUAUAUUUUAUCACAUGAAGGUGUUUUAAGUGUAUUUAAUGUAAUUAAUUUGAAACAAGGUGUGUCUAUGAUAUGUUCACCUCCACAAGCUUGUCCAGAUCAAAGUGGAUUGCAAUAUUUUACUACAGAAAACUUAACACCUGUAAUUCAAUCUGCCCCUGCUACAGUUCAACCACCAGCAUCGAGUAUGAAUACUGUAGCACCUCAACCACAAUUUCAACAAAUACAGGCUAAUCUAACCAGUAAUCAGUUUACAAAACCACAACAACCGCAACAAUUACAGGCGAAUGCAACCAGUAAUCAGUUUGCAAAACCGCCACAACCGCAACAGUUACAGGCUAAUGCAACCAGUAAUCAGUUUGCAAAACCACAACAACCGCAACAAUUACAGGCUAAUCAAGCCAAUCAUCAGUUCCUACAAUGGCAAAAAUUACCAGACGAUAUUACAUCUAAACAACAACCAUUACAAACUAAUACACAUACAAUCAACCAACCAUCUGCACAAAUAGCAAAACCUUUUUCUUUUGCUAAUGCCACGUCAACUCCGAUAAUAAAAGAAUUUGGAGCUCAACCACCAAAAUCAAAUUUUUUUGUACCUAAUGUUCCCAAUAUUUCAUCUAAUACAAUUGCAAAUUCAACUGUUCAAUCAAAUGCUUCUGAAUCAACAAGGCCAAUAACUAAAGAUGUUCCAACUAUUGCAAAUGAAACUAAACCUAUAGAAAUACCUCAGACACAAUCAAAACCCGAUGAAACUGUACGAUCCGAGACUGCCGACAAUAGCUUUGUAUUUUCCUUAAUCAAUGAAGAAUUAAAAAAUUUCCAAUCAGAAAUCAAUAUAUUAUUGACUCGAUGCCGACAAAUAAAUAUUGAAGUAGGCAGCGAUAAAGAUAAAACAGAAUUAGUUGAGCGUUGUGAAUUAUUAGUGAAUUUUUUUAAUGAAUUAGUUGAAACUACAGCCACACAAAAAUCUGAAAUACAUUCAUUAAAACAAUUAUUAAUUGAAGGAUUUGCUUUACAAGAAGAGACUCAAUCACGCUAUAAACGUUUAUCUAAUCCCAAAUAUGUAGAAUUAUUUAAAACUCGAGAAAUUGAUCCAAUCAGUGAUAAAAAAGUAUCAGAAAUAAAACGAUUAUUAUAUUAUGUCGAAUCCCAACUAAAUCAAGUCAAUCAAAGCAUUGACGAAGAAUGGAAUGAUUUUCAAGAUUCGUGCCAACGUGUUGCUAAAAAUAUUUAUCAUACUCCAACGUUAGAAGCAAUCUACCAAUCGAUGAUCAAACAAAAUGAGAUUAUUUUACGACAGAAUUUUUUAAUUAAAGAUAUUAAAGCUCGUGUUAAAUCUCGUGCACGUAAACAAGAUAAAAUGUCAUUAUUAAUGAAUUUAAAAUCUGAUGCAGAUGUACCAAAUUUGGUUGAUAAUUUAAAAAAUUUGAAUGAAGAUAAAUUACGAGCGCUAUUAUUAUCAAAUAAAUUAACUCGAAUUACACCAAACAAACCAACAAAAAAUAAAUUAUCAAGUUCAAUACUUCCAACAAAAUUUGUAUCACCAAAAAAACAUAUUGAUUUAUUAUCUAGAAAACUUGUAUCAAUGCCAAUUGUGGAGACAACACCGAUUGCUGUUACAAAAAUAAUCGAUGAUAUGAAACCAGAAGUAAAAUCACAAAAUAAGGUUUCAAAGAAAUUAUUUGAUUAUUAUGAAAAUGUAACACCUCCAACGACACCAUUAAAAAUUGACAAUACAAUAACAUCCAUGGAUCAAGUGAAAAAUGUUGCUGAACUCAAUAUUAAAUCGGAAUCGAUUCAAAAACAAACACCCUUAUUUGGAAAUACGACACAAGGAACAAAAUUAUUCCAAACACCACCCUCUUCUAGCUUUUCUGCUGUACCUCAGAAUAGUUCAUCAUUUGGUACAUCAAAUGCUUUCCAAUUUUCGAUAGGAGAUAAUAAAUCAAAUCAUAAAACGGCUACUUCAAUCGCUGAUACUAAAAAUAAAUCAAAUGAAGGUUUUGCAUCAUUAACCAAUCAAAAAACUGAAAAUGUAACUGCAAAUACAUCUUCGUUUAGUUUCAGUGGUUUGGAUCAGUCUAAACCACUGUUUGGUGGUGCAGGAUUUGCUCCGAUAACAACGACAUCAUCAGCAUUUUCAAUGAAGCCAGGAAAUUCUUUAUUCGGAAACUCAACGCCCCUCUUUGGUGGUACUACAAUUACAUCCACUAGUGCUCCAACUUCAUCACCAUCGAUAUUUGGAACAAGUACUUCAGGUGGAUCAAUCUUCGGUAGUUCAAAGGCGACAUCAGCUGGAACUCCCACAACAGUAACAACAAGUACCGCUGUAUCAACGGCUCCAUCGAUUUUCGGUUCAACAAGUUCAUCGCUAUUCGGAAAUAUAUCAAGCCCUAAUAAACCUGCUGCAACACCAUCUGCAGUGACCACAAGUCCUACUAAUACCUCAACUCCAUCUAUUUUUGGUAACAUAUCAAGUACACCAUCAAAUCAAUCUCUAUUUUCGGGUACAAAAACCAGUACACCUGGUUUUGGUUUAAAUACAAACACUUCUACAUCGUUUCAAUUUAUACAAAAAACCGAUGCAAAAAUUACUCCAUCGAGUGUUGGUAAUAAUACAAUUUCCACAAGUUCAUCUGAAGAAUUGACAAAAACUGAUGAUCAAAAAAUUGCAACUUCAUUCGCAUUAGCAGGAGGAAAUAACGCUGUAACAACGACAACAGCUACAGUAUCGUCAUCUGCAGUGAAUUUAACAUUUGGUAAUACGAGCUCGAUAACGACGACAGACGCUGGAGAAUCUAAAACACCAACAGUUACAACCGCUACCGCUACCGCAGCACUUUCAUUUGGAACAACAGCAAUAACAACAACACAAUCGGCAUUUACUACAAACACUAAACCAAUGCAGUCUUUAUUUGGAGGAGUGAGUUCUACAACAACACAAUCUUUAUUUAAUUCACCAGCUACUUCAACGACAACACAAUCGUUGUUUAAUGCAUCAAGUACUGCAACGACACAGUCUUUGUUCGGUACACCAACUACGUCAACAACGCAGGCACCAUUUAGUUCGCCAAGUACUACAACAACACAGUCUAUUUUUAGUACCCCAAGUACUACAGCGACACAAUCAUCAUUUAGUGCGCCAAGUACAACAACGGUACAAUCCCCAUUUAGUGCCCCAAGUACUACAACAGCGCAGUCUCCAUUUAGUGCCCCAAGUUCUACACCAGCUCAGUCUCCAUUUAGUGCACCAAGUACCACAUCGACGCAAUCUCCAUUUGGUGCGCCAAGUACUACAACGACUCAGUCGCUAUUUAGCACACCAAGUACUACAACAACGCAAUCUCCAUUUGGUGUGCCAAGUUCUACACCAGCACAGUCUCCAUUUGGUACACCAAGUACUACAGCGACACAAUCUCCAUUCAGUGCCACGAGUGCUACAACGGCUCAAUCUCCAUUUGGUACACCAAUUACUACAACCACCCAAUCUCCAUUUGGUGUAUCAAAUUCUACACCAGCUCAGUCUCCAUUUACUGCACCUAGUUCUACAACAGCGCAGUCUCCAUUUGGCGUACCAACUUCAACAGUAUCACAAUCUCCAUUUGGUACAACAAGUACCACAACAACGCCAUCUUUAUUUGGUGCGUUGAAUACAAACACUACAACACAAUCUUCAUUUGGAUUUGGAUCGUCGACUCAGAGUUUUGGUUUUGGAAACUUAUCAGUUUCAUCUACGAAUGCAACAACUUCAGCACCAAACAAUUCAUUCAAUUUUGGUAAUUUAACUGUCUCAGCUUUAUCACCACAACCAUCUACAACAAAUAGUGGCGCAGCUGUUGUAUCGACGUCAACAGGUGGUGCAUCAACAUUCAGUUUUGUAAAUUCAGCACAAUCAAAUCAGACCACACCUCAAUCAAAUUCUGGAUUUAGUUUUAGUCAAAAUAUUUUUAAUCAAACACCUGCUACAACAGCUAAUCAAAACACAUUUAUGGGCUCACAAAUAUGUAGCCCAUCUGUAUUUAGUCAAAACACAUCAGGUUCUGUAUUUGGUCAAGUAAAUCAAACACAGCAACAAACAGGUGGAAAUAUUUUUGGACAAAAACCUUCCACUGAACAACAAUCGGUGUUUGGUGCCACAAGCAAUACACAAAAUACUGGAUCGAUAUUUGCAAAACCAACUAAUUCGAAUUCAGUUUUUGGACAACAAACUACUAAUAUAUUUGGAGCUAAACCGUCUACACCUGCUUUUGGGCAAGCACCAGCAUUUGGUGCAAAACCUACUUUUGGUAGCCCACAACCAUCUAAUAAUAUAUUUGGUAGCCCACAAACAAAUACAAACAGUAAUUCACCAUUUGCUAAUCAAAAUACAAAUCGUAGUGUUUUUGGAUCAUCGCAAUUCAAUAACACAUUUAAAGCACCUACUCAGCAAAGUCAACCAAUAACUGGUGCAUUUAGCUCAGGUGGCCAAUCAAUCAGUCAGUCUGGAUUUGGUUCACCGACAGCAUUUCAAAAACCAGCCUCUGGAUUCGGAUCACCACCUGCAUUUGGAUCCCCUCCGGCAUUUGGAUCACCCCCAACCUUUGGAGGUUCUCCUACAUUUGGUUCACCACAAAAAGUUUUUGGAGCUUCACCAACACCAGCUGCUGCACCUGCUUUCGGAUCAGUACCACAAAAUUCGACAUUUGCAAACUUAGCAACACAAAAUACAGUAGGAUUUGGUAAUCUAGCUCAACAAUCAAAUAUACCGCAAACGCAGACAUCCACAUUUAGUGGGGGAAAUGCCUUUAGCAGUUGGAGAUAAAAACAAAAUAACCAGCCGUACUGAUACGUUUGUAAUUAAUAAGUAAAUUUUUAACUAUAUGCCACUAUUAAUAGUGAUACCAUUAGUUUGUGUCUUGAAAAUAAUUUUUAAUAAAUCAGCAAUUUUUUUGU